UUCCACAAUGACGAAACCCCUGUCAAUCAAUCCCGGAGCCUUGGUGCCCCACACCGCAGCACAACGCAGCGUACUCCCCAUUCCCUACAGAGUACGGACUAUACCUAGUCACUAUACAGCCCUAUCACGUAGAAGACUAAUCGCCAAGCUAUAAAUCUCGCAUCGAGCCAGACAUUUCGAUUGCAAGAAAGUUUCAUCCCGGGUCGACUCCAAAACGAUAUAUUUCCGACGACUGGCGCCCAACCUUGCAAGACACCCACCCUCCGAGAUGCCACAAGACCCCAACCUCUACGGCCAGCGGCCUCCGAAGCGGCAAAGGAAGGAGAUCGACCUCUCCAGCUCGCUAUCCUUCGCCUCGCAAGCAGCCGCCCUUCUCUCCGCGUCAUCCUCCUCCUCCACCGCCGCGACCACCACAACGACGACCGCCGGCCGCGCGCGCCCCUCCCGCUCGAAGCCGGACGUCUUCGCCGGCGCCAAGGCGAAGCGGAAAGCCGGAGGCUCCUCUGCGGCGGCAAGCACCGCAGCGGAGGGCGCGACAGGCCGGCUGAACCUCCGGGACCCCAUCGGCACCGAGGACGACCAGGCGGAGUCGGCGCGCGCGCGGCGCAAGAUGGAGGAGAAGGCGCGCCUGUACGCGGCCAUGAAGCGCGGCGACUACGUGGCCAAGGAAGGGGAUGCGGCGCCGCUGGUGGACUUUGACCGCAAGUGGGCCGAGGGGCGAGACAAGGCCGGCGGCGAGGGGUACUCGACGUCGGGGUCGGACAACGAGUCGGACGGCGGCGGCGGCGACAACAACGACAACGAGAUCAUCGAGUACGAGGACGAGUUCGGCCGCCUGCGGCGCGGCACGGCGGCCGACAAGCUGCGGCACGAGCGCCUGUUGGCGCGGGGCUCGACGGCGGCCGCGGAGCUGGAGCGCAUGUCGGCGCGGCCGCGGGCGCCCGAGAACAUCAUCCGCGGCGACGCCGUGCAGGUCGACGCGUUCGCGGCCGCCGACGCGGGGCGCAUGGAGGAGAUCGCGGCGCGGCGCGACCGCAGCGCCACGCCGCCCGAGGCGGCGCACUACCGCGCCGACCGUGAGGUCCGCACCAGGGGCGUCGGGUUCUACGCCUUCAGCGCAGACGCCGAGGGCCGGGCUGCAGAGAUGGCCGCGCUGGAGGAGGAGAGGGCUAGGACGGAGGCGCUGCGGAGGGAGAGGGAGGAGAGGCUGGCGGCGAGGAAGAAGGAGGUCGAGGAGCGGAGGAGGGAGAUCGGUGAGAGGAGGGCGAAGAAGAUGGCUGAUAGCUUCUUGGACGGCCUCGGUAAGGACAUAAUAGGGGUGGAGGGGAUGGGUGGUGGCGGUGGCGGUGGCAGCAACAACGCAAAAGCUGAAGACGAGUCAAGUCAUCCGUCAUGAGCAUAUUCUCACGGCCUUGAUUUAGG